UUCCAAAACCCAUCACAUGUGUGUGAUACUAGCAUGUUGAACGGUUGAGAUUCUAGAUGUUAAAAAAUAAUAGUGUCGGUUAAUAGUGUGCGUUUUAUCCAAUCUUGCUUUUUUGGGUUGUCUGUAUCUGCUCAAGUCCCUCUGCUAAGUCUCUAGGUACCCCUAGAGAUUCUUGAAAGAUUGGGAAUAACUGGUAUUAUCCUCUUCAUUCUGUUUCAGCUCAUAUGAUAUAUAUAAGUAUGACAAUGAAAUUUACUAAAACCCAAACGAAACAUUAACACAAAAAAAAAUGACCCCCCAAGUCCAAAUUCUUCAUUUUCUUUUCUUCCUACUCCUCCUCACCACAAGUUAUGCUCUUCAUCUUAACUACUACCGAAACUCAUGCCCCAAUGUUGAGGCAAUAGUCCACUCUGCAGUCAAACAAAAAUACCACAACACAUUUGUAACAGCUCCAGCCACUCUUAGGCUCUUCUUCCAUGACUGUUUUGUCCAGGGCUGUGAUGCUUCGGUUUUGCUAGCUUCUAGGAAUCGUAAAUCAGAGAAGGAUGGUCCAGAUAAUAUUUCACUAGCUGGGGAUGGUUUUGACACAGUGAUUAAAGCCAAAGCCGCGGUUGAUCGUGUGCCCAGGUGUAAGAAUAAGGUUUCUUGUGCUGAUAUUUUGGCCAUUGCCACUAGGGAUGUCGUUCAUUUGGCAGGGGGACCAUACUAUGCUGUAGAAUUGGGAAGACUUGAUGGGAGAAGCUCAACCAUGGCUAGUGUCCCACACCACCUCCCUAGUCCUGAUUUUAAUUUGGACGAGCUCCAUUCCAUGUUUGCUAAACAUGGUCUGACCCUAGUAGAUCUAAUCGCACUAUCAGGGGCACAUUCUAUCGGAUUCUCACACUGCAGUCGAUUCUCCAAUCGGAUUUACAACUACAAAAGUAAGAACAAAAUUGACCCAACACUCAAUCCGUCAUAUGCAAAGCAGCUCCAACAAAUGUGCCCCAAACAUGUAGACCCCAGAAUUGCCAUUGACAUGGACCCUUACACACCCCGGAAACUUGAUAACAUGUACUACAAGAACCUCCAGCAAGGAAAGGGACUUUUCACCUCUGAUCAAAUUUUGUUUACUGAUAAGAGAUCAAGACAAAUUGUGAAUCUAUUUGCUACCAAAAGCAAAGCCUUUGAAAAGGCUUUUGUUACUGCCAUGACUAAGCUUGGGAGGGUGGGUGUUAAGACUGGAAACCAAGGGGAAAUUAGGCACGAUUGCAGUAUGGUUAACUAGAUGAUAUUCAUUUUCUUUGUAAAAUUUACAUUGCAAUAAAUAUUUUGCACUACCUAUGUAGUACCUUUAAGUUAA